UUGCCGCCUUCUGUCGGUGAGUGGUGGAGACUCGCUCAUGUGACCUCCAGGAGGCAGGAACUGAGAAGGUUGUGUGAAGCGCAGGGUUUAGACCAAAACAAACGUCGACGGUGCGGAGGCAGAGUCUAUGGCCGAGGCUGUGAAGCCCCAGCGCCGGGCCAAGGCCAAGGCCAGCCGGACUAAACCCAAGGAAAAGAAGAAAUAUGAAACCCUUCGGACACAAGAGUCUGAUGAACUCUCCCUUCCAAAAACCUCCAAAGAACAGGAAAUACUUCCUCCAUCUUGUGAAUUCAGAGACCAUCUGAAGGUCUUAACUGAUUCCCAGCUCCAGAAUGAUGUCAGUGGACAGAACGAAAGUGAAAUGUUUGAUAUACCACUCACCUCCCUGACUAUAGACAAUGAAGGUUGUGUGUCAUGUCACCCAGAGCCCCUAAAAGAAGAGGAAGAAGUCAGAGCCUGUGUUGGGGUUGAUGAAAUCACGUCAAAGGAGAACUCUGGAUACAACGUGGAAACCAAAGUUGAAACCCACAAGAACUUUAUAGAAGGAGAGGAAAAUACAGUGGUGCAAUGUGGACCUUCAGAAAGCACAUUACCAUCUGAUUUUUCCUAUACUGAGCAGGAAAUGGAAAAUUUACAAGUCAGAGAAACUCAGAAUAGGAAAGCCUUGGGCUGUUCUUCAGAAGUACUUCAAAAUGUUGACUUGCAGAGUUCUUAUGAAGCCAAAGAAGUUUCUCAGCCACCUAGAGUGAAGAAACUAUAUCCUCAGUUGCCAGCUGAAAUUUCUGAAGAAGUACAAUCUUUGGUGGCUGUGAAACCCUUGCUGUGUAGUGAGCGACUCUACCCAGAACUCCCAUCUCAACCCGAACUAAUAGCAUUUACUAAAGAACAGCUAAAGAUCUUGGAGCCUGGUUCAUGGCUGGAGAAUGUUGAGUCAUAUUUAGAAGAAUUUGACAGCAUGGCUCAUCAGGACAGGCAUGAAUUUUAUGAGCUGCUUUUGAACUACUCACGAUGUAGGAAGCAGUUGCUGCUGGCUGAAGCCGAGCUGCUUACUGUGACAUCUGAUUGCCAAAAUGCUAAAAGCCGAUUGUGGCACUUUAAGGAGGAACAAAUAUCUGCACAGGGUAUCUGUGCAGACCAAGUGAAAGUUUCUGGCCAUCAUCGCUACCAGAGAGUAGAAAUGAAUGAAAAUGCUCUGGAGGAGCUGAAGAAGCUAUUUGAUGCCAAAUCUGAACACCUCCACCAGACUCUGGCCCUUCAUUCUUACACUUCUGUGCUCUCGAGGUUGCAAGUGGAGUCUUACAUCUACGCAUUGCUCAAUAGCUCAGCUGUUCUGAGAUCUUUAGCAAUUCAUCAACAAGGCCGAGCUUCUAAACCAACAGAAAGCCUUCCCUCUGAUCUGUGUCACUUGAAGGAGUGCAUUAGUGUCUUGUUCAUGUUUACCAGGAGAGUAAAUGAAGAUACUCAGUUCCAUGAUGAUAUUCUUCUCUGGCUGCAAAAAUUGGUGUCAGUGUUACAAAGAGUCGGCUGUCCUGGAGAUCACCUCUUCCUCCUAAACCACAUACUUCGAUGCCCAGCUGGUGUUAGUAAGUGGGCCGUUCCUUUCAUUCAGAUCAAAGUGUUGAACAACCCAUCAGGGGUCUUUCAUUUCAUGCAGUCCCUUGCCCUGCUGAUGUCUCCUGUCAAAAAUCGAGCAGAGUUUAUGUGCCACAUGAAGCCCACUGAGUGGAAGCCAUCCUCUUCAGGACCUGCAUCUGGGAACUGGACAUUAGUAGAUGAAGGAGGAGAAGAGGAUGAAGACCCUGAAACCAGUUGGAUUCUCCUUAAUGAAGAUGACUUGGUUAUCCUUUUAUCACAGUUUCCAUUUCAUGAACUCUUUCAGCAUCUUCUUGGUUUUAAAGCAAAAGGUGAUUAUUUGCCCGAAACAACAAGACCUCAAGAGAUGAUGAAAAUUUUUGCCUUUGCCAACUCAUUAGUGGAACUUUUGGCUGUGGGAUUAGAAACCUUUAACAGAGCCCGCUACAGGCAGUUUGUGAAGCGCAUUGGUUAUCUGAUCAGGAUGACCCUUGGCUAUGUGAGUGACCACUGGGCUCAGUUUGUGAGCCAUAAUGAAGGUGUGGGAGUGGCCCUGCAGCCCUAUUCCAUGGAGAAGCUACAAGUUGAAUUUGAUGAGCUGUUUUUGAGAGCUGUCCUGCAUGUGCUGAAAGCCAAAAGACUUGGCAUUUGGCUUUUUAUGUCUGAAAUGCCCUUCGGGACGCUGUCUGCACAGAUGCUCUGGAAGCUGUUCUACCUCAUGCACCAGGUGGAGCAUGGGAACCUGCAGCAGCUUGGCUCCGCCCUCCAGCCUGCCAAGUGCAAGAGGCAGCUGCAAGACCCAGAAAAUUUUGCGAACUUUGAGAAGUAUCUUUCUUCCAUGAAUAGCUCUGAAGAAAUUUGCCUUCUGACUACCUUUGCUCAGAUGGCUCAGGCCAGAAUAACCAAUGUGGAUGAAGACUUCAUAAAAAUUAUUGUUCUGGAGAUAUAUGAGGUGUCUUACGUCAGCCUGUCCACCAGAGAGACUUUUUCAAAAGUUGGUCGAGAGCUUUUGGGGGCCAUCACAGCUGUUCACCCUGAGAUCAUUUCUAUCCUUUUGGACAGAGUUCAAGAAACCAUCGACCAGGUUGGAAUGGUUUCUUUAUACUUGUUUAAAGAAUUGCCUUUGUAUCUUUGGCAACCUUCUGCCUCUGAGAUAGCUGUGAUUCGGGAUUGGUUAUUGAAUCACAACCUGACAGCAGUGAAGAAUAAACUGGCCUGUGUUAUUCUAGAAGGACUGAAUUGGGGAUUUGCUGAGCAGGGUACCCUUCAUCUGGAUCAAGCAGUCCAUGCUGAAGUGGCCUUAAUGGUCCUUGAAGCUUAUCAGAAGUAUCUUGCACAAAAACCAUAUGCUGGGCUUAUUUCUGAAAGUAUGAAGCAGGUUUCCUAUUUGGCCAGCAUUGUUCGAUACGGAGAAACUCCUGAGACCUCAUUUAACCAAUGGGCUUGGAAUUUGAUCUUGAGGUUAAAAUUGCACAAAAACGAUUAUGGAAUGCAACAGAAAUGUCCAGCUGUUCCCUUCUCCAGCACUGUGCCUGACAUGACAGAGUCACCCAUGUUUCAUCCUCUCCUGAAGGCUGUGAAAGCAGGCAUGCCCAUUGGCUGUUACCUUGCCUUAUCCAUGACGACUGUGGGCCACAGCAUUGUGAAAUUCUGUGUAGAGGGCAUCCCACUGUUGGGAAUUCUGAUCCAGUCGAGGCAUUUGAGAACGGUGGUGCACAUCCUGGAUAAGAUUCUGCCUUUGUUCUACCCUUGCCAGUGUUACCUUCUGAAGAAUGAGCAGUUUUUGUCACACCUUCUCCUGUUCCUACACUUGGACAGCGGUGUACCUCAAGGUGUCACACAGCAGGUCACCCACAAAGUGGCACAGCACCUAACAGGAGCCAGCCAUGGGGACAACAUGAAGCUUCUCAACAGCAUGAUCCAGGCACACAUAUUUGUAAGCACUCAGCCCAAUGAAGUGGGUCCUGUUGCUGUGUUGGAGUUCUGGGUUCAGGCUCUCAUAAGCCAGCAUCUUUGGUACCGAGAACAGCCCAUCCUCUUCCUCAUGGAUAACUUGUGUAAAACAGCUUUUCAGCUGAUGCAGGAAGACUGUGUACAGAAAUUACUCUACCAGCAACAUAAGAAUGCUUUAGGUUACCACUGUGACCGAAGUCUGCUGUCUUCUUUGGUGAGCUGGAUCGUGGCAGGCAACAUCACUCCUUCCUUUGUGGAGGGCCUGGCCACACCCACUCAGGUCUGGUUUGCAUGGACCGUGCUAAACAUGGAAUCCAUCUUUGAAGAAGACUCCCAGCUCCGAAGAGUUGUUGAAGGGGAACUGGUGAUGAACUCUACUUUUACCCCUGACCAAGCUCUGAAGAAAGCCCAGGCCCAGCUGAAGCUCCCCAUCGUCCCAUCCCUGCAGAGGCUACUGAUUUACCGCUGGGCCCACCAGGCUCUGGUCACUCCUUCAGAUCACCCACUCCUGCCACUCAUUUGGCAGAAGUUCUUCCUCUUGUAUCUUCACCGCCCAGGACCACAGUAUGGGUUACCCAUAGAUGGUUGUAUUGGAAGAAGAUUUUUUCAAAGUGCCGUUCACAUCAGUUUGUUGAAAGACCUAAAGAGGCGUCUGACUGAGGUGGCCGACUUCCACCACGCUGCUAGCAAGGCCCUCCGUGUUCCAGCAGAGGGCAGCGAAGGGCUGCCAGAGAGCCAGGCUUGCACUCCUGGUUACCUGACUUCACCAGAGCUGCACACACAACUCGUGAGGCUCUUCAACGUAUAUAUAUUGUGGCUAGAAGAUGAAAGUUUUCAAAAAGGAGAUACCUAUAUCCCUUCUUUACCAAAGCAUUAUGAUAUUCACAGGCUAGCCAAAGUGAUGCAGAAUCAACAGGAUCUGUGGAUGGAGUAUUUGAACAUGGAGCGCAUAUAUCAUGAGUUCCAGGAAACUGUUGGUCUUUGGACACAGGCCAAGCUUGAGUCCCAUGCCACACCCUGCAGCUUGUUAGCGCAGCUGGACUUCACUGAUCCAUGGUUGGCUAAAGAAAGAGUUUUAAAUAACCUGCGGAAGCAUGAGGUUCCCCAUCCUCCCCUUGUUCUGCACCCCAUGAGGCCUCCUGUGCCAGUUAUUUCGUCAGAGGUCCUCCUGAGUCAGAGGGACACCACCCAGCUUGUGUGCACAGACCUGAAUCUCCUGCAACAGCAGGCCAGAACUGCAGCUCUUCGGGAGUCUCAGCAGGUUGCCCUGGAUAGUGAACUGUUGGACACAAUGCCCAAAAAGUAUGUCAACCGAGAAGAGCAGACCACACUACAUUUGGAGUGUAGAGGCAGUGGGGGUAAGAAAUGCCAGGGAGCAGCAGUUGUAACAGUUCAGUUUGAAGGCAUGUAUAAAAAUGAAGCAAUAAGCCAACAGCUACAUAUUUUACGGAAAGAAGUGAAGCAGUUGCAAGCAGAAGCUUCCAAGCCACCUUCACUUAAUAUUGUGGAAGCUGCUGUGCAUGCAGAAAAUUUGAUCACGGCCUUAGUGAAUGCCUACAAGUUGCAGCCAACACCUGGGAUUCAGAAAGUUGGCAUUGGCCUUUUCUUUACUGUUGUAGAAUAUGUCAGUGAUGAAACGCAGCGCUACCCUCCCACAAGACAGUUCUUUACUUCAUGCAUUGAGAUCUUGGGACAGGUGUUUAUCAGUGGCACCAAAUCAGAAUGUAGAAAGUUACUUCAGACCAUUCUGAAGAAUAGAAGGCUCUGCUCUCUUUUGUCUCCUUUCUUCACUCCCAAUGCUGCACCUGCGGAGUUCAUACAGCUGUAUGAGAAAGUGGUGAAGUUCCUAAGUGAGGACAAUAGUGACAUGAUUUUUAUGCUGCUAACCAAGUUCGAUCUUAAGCAAUGGUUAAACACCACUAAACCUCCUCUGUCUGAUCGUACCAGGCUUUUGGAGUCCAUUCAUUUGGCACUUACUGCCUGGGGCCUGGAACCAGAUGAAGAUAUUUUGAUGCCAUUUAAUCUUUUCUGUAAGCACUGGACUUACCUUCUUCUCUACCAAUUCCCUGACCAGUAUAGUGACAUUCUCAGGCUGCUGAUGCAAAGCUCUGCAGAGCAGCUGCUGAGCCCUGAGUGUUGGAAAGCAACUCUAAGAGCCCUGGGCUGCUGCACCCCGAGCUUCCAGAAGGAGGCAGCUUCUGCCAAGAGGGUCAUGCUUCAGGGCACUUCAGAUGCUCUCUUGUCAGACAAACAGGUAAUGGAGACCAUACAGUGGCUUUCAGACUUUUUCUAUAAGCUUCGGUUAUCCAAGUUGGACUUUAAAAGCUUUGGUUUAUUUUCAAAAUGGAAUCCUUACAUGGCUCAUGUGAAGACACUCUUGGGCUACCUUGUCAAGAGGCUGAUUGACUCAGAAAUGGCCUCCUUGGCCCAAGACCCAUCUGCCAGUCACAAAGCAGUGCUGAGAUCCUUACAUUCGGUAAUCAUCCAGCUCUUUAAGCCGUGGAUCCUGGUUUUAGAGGACAAUGAAAGCAGUCAGCAGUGGCAUUACCCCUGGCUGGAGAGUGAUGCUGUGGUGGCCUCCAGCAUUGUGCAGUUGUUCACCGACUGUGUCAACUCACUGCACGAGAAUUUUAAAGACUUGCUGUCGCCAGGCAAUGAAGGAGCCCUUCGGCUGCACCUGAUGCAUUACUGUGAGGCAUGUACAGCACCCAAAAUGCCAGAGUUCAUUCUGUAUGCUUUUCAUAGUGCCUACCGGAAGCUCCAGUGGAAAGAUCUGCAUCCUGACCAUCUGCUCAUGGAGGCCUUCUUCAAAGUGGAACGAGGAAGCCCCAAGAGCUGUUUCUUGUUUUUUGGGUCUGUACUCUGUGAAGUCAAUUGGGUUAGUGUGCUGUCUGAUGCCUGGAGUCCCAGUCCCCAGCCUGAAACUCAGAGCAUGAUUGUCUGCCUUCUGUUCAUGAUGAUUCUACUGGCAAAGGAAGUUCAGCUGGUAGACCAAACAGAUUCACCUUUACUUAGUCUCCUUGGACAAACUAGCUCACUUUCGUGGCACCUUGUGGAUAUUGUGUCAUACCAGAGUGUAUUAGGUUAUUUCAGCAGCCAUUACCCUCCAUCCAUCAUCCUCGCAAAAGAACCUGCUGCUGAAUUGAUUGUGAAGCUCCUGAAAGUGGCUGCAGGCCUUUCCAUUCAUACUGAGGGCCAGAAACAUCUUGAUAUAGUUCCAAAAUGCCAAGCUUUCACUCAUCAGAUGGUUCAGUUUCUCAGUGACCUGGAACAAAAUGGAAAAAUCACCUUUGCAGUCCUAGAGCAAGAAAUAUCUAAGCUCUUAGAUGAUAUCAUUGUCUUUAAUCCACCUGACAUGGACAGCCAAGCCUGCCACAUGGCCCUCAGCAGCCUCUUUAUGGAAGUGCUAAUGAUGAUGAACAAUGCAACCAUCCCAACGGCUGAGUUCCUGCGGAGCAGUAUUCGGACCUGGAUUGGCCAAAAAGUCCAUGGGUUGGUGGUGCUGCCUCUUUUAACAGCAGCCUGCCAGAGCCUGGCUUCUGUUCACCACAUGGCAGAGAUUACAGAAGCCUGCAUCACUGCCUACUUCAAGGAAAGCUCCCUCAAUCAAAAUUUAGGAUGGGGGCCCAUCCUCGUGUCUCUUCAAGUACCUGAGCUCACUACUGAAGAGUUCCUACAGGAGUGCCUCGCGCUUGGCAGUUACUUGACUCUGUAUGUCUACCUGCUUCAGCGUUUAAACAGUGAACAGACUUUACGGAAUGAAAUGAAAGUGCUGCUGCUCCUCAGCAAGUGGUUGGAACAAGUGUAUCCAAGCUCCUCACAGGAAGAGGCAAAGCUGUUUCUGUGGUGGCAUCAAGUCCUACAGCUGUCCCUGAUUCAGAUGGAGCAAAACGACUUGGUCCUGACAGAAUCUGUUGUCCGGAUUCUGCUCAUGCUUCAGAAUAGGCAGAGCCUUGUGGCUGAGGAAAGGCUCAGUUCGGGGAUUCUGGGGGCAAUCGGGUUGGGCCGGAAGUCACCCUUGUCCAACAGGUUCCGAGUGGUUGCUCGAAGCAUGGCUGCCUUCCUUUCAGUGCAGGUUCUUACAGAAGACCAGAUCCGUUUGAAGCCUGGCCCUGAAUUACAUCUUAGCCCAAAAGCUCAGCAGGCUCUGGCUGCUCUUGAGUCCAUAACACUGAGUAAGCAGUAUAUUGAAUACCAGGAUCAGAUAUUGCAAGCUGCCCAGUUUAUAAAGCAUCCCGGACAUUGUCUCCAAGAUGGGAAAAGCUUCCUGGCUCUUCUCGUUAAUGGUCUCUAUCCUGAAGUGCAUUAUUUGGAUAACAUACGAUAGUAACACUAAGGCUCCUGAAAAACCUCAUUGUUGUUUAUGUUUACAUUUAACUUUGCUUUGCAAAAGUAAUUGCUCAGUUUCACUGCAGAGCCCAGUUCAACCGAGAAGUAGUUGACUGGGAGCCAUUAGCUAGUUCUUGGGUGUGUGAGUAUGUAUGCUUGCAUGCAUGUGUGUAAGUUCUUAUCUCUUAAAACUUUCUGGGGGCUUUUUAAUUAUGUUCAUCACAAAUAGUUCCACUUGGGUACCGAACCACUAACAGUUGGUGAAUGUCCCAGUCACCUCACAAGGCCCCCAGAUAGAGUUCUUUAUAUGUCUCCACUUCUCUCUCCCAUUUUAUUUAAAUGUCAGGACUCCUGUGCCAGAUAUGACUGCUUUGGGAGUCAUAUAGAGCCCUUUGUUUUGAACCCCAUUUAUAUUCUUCCAGUGUAAAAAAGUCAACUUUGAGAAUUUCUGCAUCUCUCAAAUGUGAGGAGAUACACCAUCUUAAAAGUAUGUUAUUUCUCUCAGAAGGGAUAUAAAGAUGCUGAAUUAGUGAAAGUGAGGCAUGUGCAAAGCAUGGCCACUUACUCUUGAUUAUAGUGGACAGCAGAGAUGGUGACAUGCCUGCUUCCAUUAGCCGUGUAUGCCCCUGGAGGAGCCCCUGUUGGACCUGGGUGACGAGGCUGGUGCUCUGUGAUGACCAUGUUGUGCACACGUGUUUUAUUUAGUCCACGGGAUGGGGAGUGCAGACUGGGCUGACUCCUUCCAGCUACCAGGUCCCUCCAUUCCCUUGGGUUCCCCUGUUUAUAUUGCUUCCUUGGCCCUGUUGAUGUUGAAGUCGCAACCCAUGACAGACACCAGGUUUGCAAUUUGAAUGCCCCGUGGUCAAGAAGGAAACUGGGGACUUAGUUCUCUAUUGCCUGCUUGUUUCUUCCCUCCACGUUUAAACUCAAAUGAAGCUUGAGGACCUGCUGAAAUACUUGUCCUGGAAACUGGGCCAGGUUGGGAGAAUUUCUAAAAUUUACCUAUUUUGAAUAGCCAUGUGCCUUCUGUCUCUUUUAACCAUUCAUUAUCACAACUUGCCUACAACUUUGCAUUGUUCUUUUGAUAUCUUCUUGCUCAUAUUAUUUCCCCUGGGAAUUAGCAAUUUGCCUUCUGUCAACAUAUUUGUAAUUCUGUCAACUCAAAAUGGAUUUUUUGUUGUUGUUGUUCAGCUUAGAUAAUGUGUCUUUGUUUAUGAUUUGUCUUUAGCCCAAGAAUAUUUACCUAAAAAUAUCUAAUGGGUCACCAACAUCUCUUAGAGAGAGAUAGGAACAUAGUUAACAAGAUGCUACUCUCUUCCCACAUGUCCUUUCAGAGUACUUCCCCUCACAUUUGGAAGUUCGUAGGAACUCUUCUUUAUUGGACAGAACAGUUCUGCCUUGGAGCUCUGACAAAGAACAUCUCUGUUCAGUGUCCGACUUUUGUAGGCCACGGGGAGUCAUCUCACAGGAACACAUCUUAUCUUCCCUUAUUUUUGUUUCUCUCCCUUUUCAAAUCAAUCAUCUUCUCCUCCUAUACAUCAGAAAAUUUUAGAAGCUGUGGACAGUUUAAUUGGCUGAUUUGGCAGCAGUAUUUUAGGACAGGAAAUACGUGCUGUUUUCUUUGAGGAGGAUGAAAUUAUUGAUAUCCUAGAAUGUGAAAUGUUUGAGUGAAGUAUGCACAUUUUAAAGAUAAUUAUGAUUAAUCUUAAUUUUUGAAAGUUUAUAAUAUUUAUAAGGUACUUGAUAUAUAAAAAUUAUUAAAAAUAAAAUCAAUCUUUGGUUGUGAUGGAUUCAGAUCUGAAUUACAGUAAUACCACAUGAACUUGGGAAGUGUUCCUGUUAAGGUUGAUGUUGAUUUUAUGCCUGAUGUCAUCUGAUUUAUUUCGACAUUAUAACUUUGUUUUCAGAGAGGGUCAAUAAAAGUGCUUACUCUUUACUGCUUCACAUCUAACAUAGGAUUAGCAGGGUUAUUAGUCCUAGGUUCCUGGGCUAAGAACGGGCUUUCCAGACACUAGGCUAGUUGGGAGCAUGGAAGCCUCCAGAGAGGAAGGCUGCAGGCAGGCCAUCCUGCCCAUUGCUCGCCUGGGAAUGCGCCUUUGCUUAAAAAGACUGUAAACCUCCGGAGAGCACAGGGCCACACUUUCAGAGGCAGUGACUGGUGCUGCAUGUGGAUAUUGGGAUGAAGCAAGACCAAGGCCUGCUUAUGGGCUGAAUGGUGUAGAAGGCAGACCAUUGCAUGCUCAAUUCCUACACUGUGGCCAGCAGUGUCUAAUACUUUCUGGGAGAAAGACAAGGCAGGUCCCAGUGAAAAGUGCCUCUUCCCCAUUCAUCGUAGCUCAUCCUGCAGUAGAAACAUGAGGUAGAGAAGUGGCUUGGAUCCCCCCCAUUUCCUUGCUCCACUCUUGAUUAGAACAGUGAAACACCCUGGACAAUACAGGGUGUUAAUGCAGAGAGGUCCUGCCACAUUACUGCACAGUGUGACAGUAGCAGGUGGAACAGGGGCCCAUAGUCCUGCACACUUGCUCUCAGCUCCCCACAUGGCUGGUUUCUCAGUUUCAUGAUCAGUGUGUUGGCUCAGCCACUAAAUGCCUCCACUUUAUCAAGGUUAUGUCUAAGUCUCUCUGUUCUUUUAUAUGGAGGAAAUCUAGUGCAGAAAAUACAACCCUCAACCUCACCCUAGCCUAACUUUCCAUGUUCCUCAUGAGUAAUCACUAAAACCAACGUGCCUGUGUCUUACAAGUUAAGCUUGUCUGUGCCCUUCUUCUACUUGAAUGAAGGUGAUACACUUCAUUUCAUUGAAUUUUUUCUUCCCAAAACUGCCUUUUCUGGAACAGGAAGCAAAUGUUCUGGGAUCACAGACAUGGAAAGUGAGAGAAGGCAGUAAAUACUCCUAGGCUCACCUUUCUCUCAGUGGGAAUCCUCAGUCUCCCCUCCAUUGGCCAAUGUCCUGCGCUCAUAGUCCUGCUUAUACCAAGCCAAGAUGUCUCCUUGUAAUGUUCCCUUAUUGGUUGUGGAUCUUCCUGGAAACAUUCCAAAUAGGGACUGUUCUUGUGCUCCCCUCUCAAUAGACAUUUCUCUUCUGGUCACAUCUCUGACCCCACUGACCCCCAACCUUUAGUCCUUUCCAGGCUAAAUGUCCCAAACUCAUUAGUUGUUUUCCGCCUGAUGUUCACUUUUCCAUGGGGAAAAAUGCCCAAAUCCCUCUAUGUUACUGUGCCCAGGAGUAGCAACGUCAGACCUAGGACCAAAGAAGCAUAGAGGGUAAAAAUUUUGAGUCAUCAUUUGUAGAUGCCAAGAGUGCUUUGUGGUCUUUUCGAAAAGCCUUUGUUGUCUUGAUUGCCUUAUCCUGGUUCCUGUCCUGGCAUUAGUCACACUUGUGUGGGCCCAGCAGUGCUGUUUAUUUACGUCUCUGAACACAGGUAGUAUCAGCUCUGACAGUUGCAGUGUUAAACUGUGGUAAGUUCAAACUCCAGACCUGGGGCUACCACCUGCUGGUCACCUUGCAUGUUUGCAUAAGGAGUAGGCAUUCGCUCUGCCUCUAAAUCUUUUACUGCUGUCUGCUCUUCAUUGUGGGCCAAUUUUACAGCUUAUUUUGAUUUAGUAGCUGAUUGUUUUUCUGCUCAAUUUUCUUGUCUUAUUAAGCAAAAUGGAGAAUACAGUGGGAAAUUAGUGUGUUGCUUUACAAGAAAAACUCCCCUUCUGUGAUCUUCCAUUUGUGUCUAGAUCGAGCUGGGUAAAGCUCUCGACUUAAGAGAGGGGCACUGGUCCUCACUUUGUUCUGCUCUACAGUGAUGAUGUGUUCUAGAGCAGGCUCAGGCAUCCUGUGGUCUAGAACAUUUCCUUCACUCUGGAUGGGUUCCUGAUUUCUGAUGAGAAUAACCUGAAAAAAAUUAAGCUACUGAUCUUAUUUUGGGAUAAUGAAUUUGCUAAGAAAUUUUGUUGGUUAUAACUUACUUUUUAAGUGUACCAAUGUAAUAUCUUUCACUGAGCACUGAGAAUUCUUUUAGGGAUUUAAAAACCACUCUGUUGGAGAUAAGUACUUUAGUGUAUUCAACUCUUCCUUCCCACUUGUCUAACAUGACCUUUAAAAAUCCACAGUGUUAGCCAGGUGUGGUGGCUCAUGCCUAUAAUCACAGCUGUCAGGAGGCUGAGGCAGGAGGAUUGCCACAUGUUCAAGACCAGCCUGAACUCCAUAGUGAGACCCUGUCUCAAAAACAAAACAAAACAAAAAAACUCCACAGUUUUAUUUUGGUCAUUAAAUGUGCAAUAUUUACUUUUUCCUUUCUCAACAUUUUACAUGCUUAUACAAAGAAUGAAUUUUUAUAUAAUAGUGAGAAACAGGAAGAAAUGAGAAUUGGUUAAAAUUCUGAAAAUAAACCACAUUCUAAUUUAAUUUA